UGUUCGUAGAGCAGAGGGAGGAAAGAUGGCGGCGGCCCAGUCCGAGAGAGACAGAGACGCACCGUCCGCGUUAUGUUCCGAGUUCCUGAGCUUCUCCGCCAAAGACACCGCGGCGCGAUGGCUGGCAGCGGCCGACCUGCAGCAGGAGAUUUACCGCCACCUGGCUGCGUACGUACCCAGAAUCCUUUGCGUGGGUCCUAGCGGUUGCAGCAGUAGGGAGGAGCAGAGGGAGGAGCAGAGGGAGGAGCUUGCGUGUCAGCUGCUCCUAUUGGCUCCUCUGGAGUGGCUGCUGCUGGGGGCGGAGCCUGCUGCUGGCCUCGCCGCGCUGCAGGAAAACAACUCGCCAUCGCCACUCUGUGGUCACGUGUUCAAGGUGGGGGAGCCCACGUACUCCUGCAGGGAGUGUGCAGCUGACCCGACCUGUGUCCUGUGCAUGCAGUGUUUCCUGGGCAGCGUUCACAAAGAGCAUCGAUACAGGAUGACCACAUCAGGAGGUGGGGGUUUCUGUGACUGUGGAGAUGCUGAAGCCUGGAAGAAGGGUCCUUACUGCCAUAAACACACUCCUACAUCCAGCAGCAGAGACUCAGAGGAGGACCCCGUAGCUCUGCUUCCUGCUGACAUGGUGUCUCGUAGCUCCAGCAUCUUCUCCGUCCUGCUGAGGUACGCUGUGGCCAUGCUGACCUGGGACCAGGAGGACCAGCUCCCUGCAGGACUGGAGCCCCCGGACAGAGGAGACUCCUACUACUGCAUGUUGUUUAAUGAUGAAGUCCACACCUAUGAGCAGGUGAUCUACACGCUGCAGAAAGCUGUUAACUGCAGCCAGAAAGAAGCCGUCAGCUUCGCCACCACCGUGGACAGAGACGGGGGGAAGUCUGUUCGAUACGGAGAUUUCCAGUUCUGUGACCAGGCCAAGUCUGUUAUAGUGAGGAACACCAGCCGCCAGUCGAAGCCUCUCCGUGUCCACGUGAUGCACUCGUCGGUUGUUGCUCAUCAGUGUUUUGCUCUGAAGGCUCUCAGCUGGUUGGGCCAGAUCAUCCAGUACUCUGACGGGCUGAGGAGGAUUCUGUGUCAGGUCGGACUGCAGAAAGAAGAAGGAGAAUAUUCCUCGCUGGUCGACAAGCUGAUGCUCAACGACUCCAAGAUGUGGAAAGGGGCGAGGAACAUCUACCACCAGCUGCUGAUGAACAGCCUCCUCAUGGACCUCAAAUACAAGAAGAUCUUCGCCAUCCAGUUUGCAAAGAACUACAGACGCCUCCAGACAGACUUCAUGGAGGGCGACCACGAGAGAGUGGUGUCAGUGACCUCGCUGUCUGUUCAACUCUUCACCGUCCCAACCAUGGCCCGGAUGCUGAUGGUGGAGGAGGACCUGAUGACCACCAUCAUCAGGACCUUUGUGGAUCACCUCCGCCACCGAGACCUGCAGGGACGCUUCCAGUUCGACCGAUACACCGCCCAGCAGGCCUUCAAGUUCGGACGGGUGCAGAGCCUCAUCGGAGACCUCAAGUAUGUUCUGAUCAGUCGUCCCUCUGAGUGGGGCGAUCAGCUCAGACUGAAGUUUCUAGAAGGUCUGGACGCUUUUUUGGAGCUGCUCAAGUGUAUGCAGGGUAUGGACCCAGUGGUGAGACAGGUGGGGCAGCACAUAGAGAUGGAGCCGGAGUGGGAAGCAGCGUUCACCAUGCAGAUGAAACUCACUCACAUCAUCUCCAUGAUCCAGGAGUGGUGCUCCUCUGAUGAGCACGUGCUGAUCGAGGCCUACAGGAAGUGUCUGAGCGCGCUCAGUGUGUGUCACAGGGGGCUCCCAGACGGAGAGCAGCCAAUCAGCUUGAGUCUGGCCGGUCACUGCGUGGAGACGUUCAGGUACCAGGUGUCUCAGGACAAGGUGUCCAUCCACCUGCCUGUCUGCAGACUGCUGGCAGGUCUCCAUGUUCUGCUCAGCCGGACAGAUGUCGCUAACCGUUUCCCUGAACAGCUUCCUCUGGGGGAUCUCAGCCCCCCCCUCCUGAUCGAGCUGCCCCUGCGCUGCCUGGUGCUCUGUGCCCAGGUGCAUGCUGGGAUGUGGAGGAGGAACGGCUUCUCGCUGAUCAACCAGAUUUAUUAUUAUCACAACGUCAAGUGUCGAGUGGAGAUGUUUGACAAGGACAUCAUCAUGCUGCAGAGUGUGGUCUAG